CGAGCGACGUGACCACACGCAGUUAACCGCAAGGCAGUGGAAUGGCAUGAUUAAAUAACAACAGUCAUAAUUCCCCGAACCGAGAUUCGAGUCACAGACGGAGUCAGAUCUGCGUUGAACACACUAUUUUCCAAUUAUCUUCAAUUCUCUAAUUUUGCCCCUCUCCCUUUCAACGUGAAUACCCUCAUACAUGGUGUCGAGUGAGGAGAACCUGCUUAACUGAACUCACAAGUUCCCUGGCCGUCCGACUGCGCCCUGAGGGAGUUGCUUUGCACCACGAAAGCGCCCGGUGUUGCGGUUCUCCUCCUCUCCCCUCCAACACUAAAAACCAAGAAGGAGAUUUCACUCAAGUCGUGCUGUUGUUUUAUGGAUAUCACCGCUGAGAUGAUCCCAAGGUGAGGCCAGAAAGCUGACCAGCAUCCUUGUCUGUCUGUGCAUCCUCAAGAGCUCACCUCCACAUCUGAUUGGACAAUUGGAGCCCCUGAGGAAAACAAAAUGUCUGCCGCUAUGAGUGCCCCCCUCCUGGCCCUCUUCCUCCUCCUGCUGCCCUUGGUGUCUAGUCUCCACCACUCUGACUGUGUCAUCAAGAGAGAACACGAGAAAUGUAUGGAGAGGAUGGCAGAGGAUGACCCAGAAAACGACCUAGAGUUUAGGUGCCCAUGGUUGUGGGAUAACCUGACGUGUUGGCAGCCUGCCCGGGUGGGAGAGGUGGUUGUGGUCAGCUGUCCAGAGCUCUUCAUCCAGUUCAUGAGCGAGGAGGAUGAUGAGCUAGGGAAGGUGAGUCGUAACUGUACGGAGGGCGGCUGGUCUGAGACCUUCCCUCACUAUGUGGAUGCCUGCAUGUUCGACGAACCCAACGGAACCCACGAGCAUCCGGACAUGUACUACGUGUCGGUGAAGGCUCUGUACACGGUUGGGUACAGCACCUCUCUGGUUUCUCUCUGUACAGCCAUGGUCAUCCUUUGCAGGUUCAGGAAGCUGCAUUGCACCAGGAACUUCAUCCACAUGAACCUGUUUGUGUCAUUCAUUCUGAGAGCCAUCUCUGUCUUCAUCAAGGACGGGGUUCUGUACGCAGAGGAGGACAGCAACCACUGCUUCUUACACACUGUGGAGUGUAAGGUGGUGAUGGUGUUCUUUCACUACUGUGUCCUAUCUAACUACUUCUGGCUGUUCAUUGAGGGCCUGUACCUCUUCACUCUGUUAGUAGAGACAUUCUUCCCUGAGAGAAGAUACUUCUACUGGUAUACCAUCAUUGGCUGGGGGACCCCCACUAUAUGUGUGGUGAUAUGGGCAGUACUCAGGCUGCACUUUGAUGACAUAGGGUGUUGGGAUAUGAAUGAUAAUGCUGGUAUCUGGUGGGUGAUUAAGGGACCUGUGCUGGCCUCCAUCAUGAUCAACUUUGUCCUCUUCAUCGGCAUCAUAAUCAUCCUUGUCCAGAAACUGCAGUCACCAGACAUCGGUGGGAACGAAUCCAGUAUUUACCUGCGUCUGGCGCGUUCCACCUUGCUCUUGAUCCCUCUGUUUGGGAUCCACUACACUGUGUUCGCCUUCUCACCCGAAGACGUCAGCAAGAGGGAGAGGCUGGUGUUUGAGCUAGGCCUAGGCUCCUUCCAGGGCUUCGUUGUGGCUGUUCUCUACUGCUUUCUGAAUGGAGAGUAUCUCCCUGAAGGUGCAGUCGGAGAUCAAGAGGAAAUGGCGCAGCUGGACGGUGAACAGGUACUUUGCUGUGGACCUGAAGCACCGGCACCCUUCGUUGGCCAGCAGUGGGGUGAACGGGGGAACGCAGCUCUCCAUCCUCAGCAAGAGCAGCUCUCAGAUCCGCAUGUCCAGCCUACAGGCCGAGUCGCCAGCCACCUAAGCCACCUGAACUUCAACGGUGAAGCCCAGGACCAGAGCCAGGGAGAGACCACCACUACUAAUACUACUACUACUACUACUACUACUACUACUACUACUACUUCUAUCACCCCUACACCAAGACCCAUCAGCCACUUCCACACUGGUCCUGAUACUAUGACCAACCUCACCCCUACACCCAACCUCACCCCUAUACCCACACCCAACCAUGGACCACUACCAGUGACCAGCCUCACCAACCCAUACCCUUUCCCCAACCCAUAUCCAGACACCACCAACCCAUACCCAGAGACAACCAACCCGUACCCUGACACAACCCUGAUCCUGGACUCUGGAGAACGCAUCCCGGACCCUCCUAACUGCACUGCACCCAAAAGCCCAACUGAGCCCUUCAUAUAACAAACUGGAUCAACAACUCAACCCUAAUAAAGCCAUGCCGAAUCAAUCACACCUAAACAAGCCCAAUCCCUAACCUUAUUCAAACUAACCUACCCAAUACAAUCCAAACUAACCCAACCCCUAGCCCUAUCCAAACUAACCCGACCCCUAACCCUAUCCAAACUAACCUACCCAAUACAAUACAAACUAACCCAACCCCUAGCCCUAUCCAAACUAACCCAACCCCUAGCCCUAUAAAAAAAUGACCAAAUACAAUUCAAAUGAACCCAACCCUAAACCCUAUUCAAACUAACCUACCCAAUACAAUCCAAACUAACCCAACCCCAAACCCUAUUCAAACUAACCUACCCAAUACAAUCCAAACUAACCCAACCCCUAGCCAUAUACAAACUAACCUAACCUAACCAAUACAAUCCAAACGAACCCAACCCCAAACCCUAUUCAAACUAACCUACCCAAUACAAUCCAAACUAACCCAACCCCUAGCCAUAUACAAACUAACCAAACCCCUAGCCCUAUCCAAACUAACUCAACCUCUAGCCCUAUCUAAACUAACCCAACCCCUAACCCCAACCAAACUAACCAACCCAAUACAAUCCAAUCUAACCCAACCCCUAGUCCUAUUCAAACUAACCAACCCAAUACAAUCCAAACUUAACAAACCCCUAGCCCUAUCCAAACUAACCCAACCACUAGCCCUAUCUAAAUCAACCAACCCAAUACAAAUCCAAACUAACCCAAGCCCUAACCAAAGUAAUCCAAUACAAUUCAAACUAACCCAACCCAAGCCCUAUCCAAACCAACCCAACCCCUAGCCCUAUCCAAAGUAACCUACCCAAAGCCAUAUUUAAAACUAACCUACCCAAUACAAUCCAAACUAACCCAACCCCUAGCCCUAUCUAAACUAACCUACCCAAUACAAUCCAAACUAACCCAACCCCUAGCCCUAUUCAAACUAACCUACCCAAUACAAUCCAAACUAACCCAACCCCUAGCCCUAUCCAAACUAACCCAACCCCUAGCCCUAUCCAAACUAACCCAACCCCUAGCCCAAUCCAAACUAACCCAACCCCUAGCCCUAUCAAAACUAACCCAACCCCUAGCCCAAUCCAAACUAACCCAACCCCUAGCCCUAUCCAAACUAAUCCAACCCCUAGCCCAAUCCAAACUAACCCAACCCCUAACCAUAUUCAAAUGAACCCAACCCCUAGCCCUAUCCAAACUAACCCAACCCCUAGCCCAAUCCAAACUAACCCAAACCCUAACCCUAUUCAAACUAACCCAACCCCUAGCCCUAUCCAAACUAACCCAACCACUAACCCUAUACAAACUAACCCAACCCAAUACAAUCCAAACUAACCCAACCCCUAGCCCCAUCCAAACCAACCUACCCAAUACAAUCCAAACUAACCCAACCCCUAGCCCUAUCCAAACUAACCCAACCCGAUACACUCCAAACUAACCCAACCCCUAGCUCUAUCCAAACUAACCCAACCCCUAGCCCUAUUCAAACUACCCCAACCCAAUACAAUCCAAACUAACCCAACACCUAGCCCUAUCCAAACUAACCCAACCCCUAGCCCUAUCCAACCUAACCCAACACCUAUUCCUAUUCCUAACCAAACCCCAACCUACCACUAUCCAACCUAACCCAACACCUAGUCCUAGUCCUAUUCCUAACCAAACCCCAACCCACCACUAUCCAACCUAACCCAACACCUAGUCCUUAGCAAUCCAACUCAUCCAUACCUAAACUAACCUGACUCCUAUUUCUAUCCAAACCAGCCUAUCACUAUGUAAACCUACCCAACCAACCCUGACUUAACCUACCCCAACAUUAAAACCCAACUCUACCAGACAGGAACAGAACACCUAACACCUCACCAGCAGCACCUGUUCACGAGCAGUUGUAGGUGAAUCCACCUUUAAACUGUUACAACUACAGUGUCUCACACAUGGAGCAAACCACCGUCAGUGGUAGUGGCCUAGCAGUGAAUGUCAAUCACCAUUCAGAAACCAUCAGACAAGGAUCUUUACAAGGAAGGCAGAAGGCUAUGAAGGAAAAGCAUGGUUAAUGGUCUGUACAUAUCAUCAUAGUGUUAUGUCAAAAAGCCUCCCCCGUUAGGUUUAUCACGUAGAGCAGAAGAGCUGGACCACUUCAGUGCUGCUGGAACAUCCAUGUAAUACCACUGGUCAUUGCAAUCAUAUCAUCAUGUCCGAAGAAUGACAAGACGUAUUUAACGACUCCUCCUCCUCUCUUUCCUCAGUCUGUCUUUCAGCUUGUUGCAGACUCAAGUUAUGACUGUGUUUUGUUGUUCUGGGUAUUGUUGUUGUUAUGGCAACUUAAUUACGGAGCAGUAACAAAACCAUAAAGCCUCUAUCAGAGUCCAAAAUGUGCAUGUGUACGCACAGCAGUGUUCUAGAAUAUUGGACUGUUGGCUUUCAUACUUUUUGAAUUCUCAGCAGAGAACGUUGGUUGGGAAUUUUGGUAAGGUGCGCGUUCGGGCUGUGCAUCCCCUGCGAAUUGUGGUCUCAGAGCCAUGUAGCUACAGUAUGUCACAACGAGAUGCCGGACUAUCACGUCACUAAGUCUGUGGCCGGACUGUUUGACUCUGAAUUAAGCUUUACACGUCCUGUACAGGAGAAGCAACAAACCGGCCAAUCGAGACAGACUGACCUAAUGUAAAUAUUUAUCAGCUGACCAAUCAGGUUGCAAGUGUGUGCCUGUUUGUAGAGGGCAUAGAUUUAGAUAGACAUUGCAUCUUUGUAUCUGUCCCACUAUGGCAUCUGUGAGAGAAAAGGCAACACCAUUGAGACCAUGUCCAGUUUGAAGUAGUCACUUUAUUAAUGUACUACUUCUAUGAGUUGGCAAACAAACUAAAAAGGUGCAUACUGUGGUCUGGACUAUUAUUUGAACAGGUAUAAAUGUUGCCUAUUUACUGCCACCUGCAGUUCUGGAAUGUUUGCUCACAGGAAUAAUUAAUUGGCUGAUCCCUCCUGAUGACCUGGAUAGAAUUAUGGGAUCCUUUCUUAACCCAUAGGAAGUUCCACCCAGUUGACUACUUAAAAAUGGUGAAACUCCUCAAUGGCACUGCCCAUGCUAAAAAAGACUUUUGGGCACUAGUGUUGUCUAUCUAAGUCUAUGGUAGAGGGAGAAUGAUCAUGUGAGGUUACUGUAAAAUAAUGAACAGUGAAAGGACACAAAUUGGAGGCUAACACACUGCAUCAUGGGAUACUUUUCAGGCCUGGAGACUCAAGCCAGGAUCAAGGCAAAAUAAAUAAUUAAUGGACCAACAGUAGAAACAAUGUCUCUUAAAAUAUGAAGAUAAUAGUCAACCACCACCAGAAGUAGAGCAUCAUAGUGCUUUGUAUGACCGUAUAUGACGUCAACAGCUAUGUGUCAGCCAAUGGCACAGGUCACCUUUACCUGUGUAAGCUGUGAUUGGUGGAGUGACAGGAAGAUGAUGAUGUCACUUCCUCCUUGCUAUUUGUACCACUGUUACUAGAGAUAGAGGAAUUCUUCCGACUGGGCACACACUGAAUCAAUGUUGUUUCCAUGUAAUUUCAAUGAAAUUAUGUUGAACCAAAGUGGAAUAGAUGUUGAAUUGACGUCUGUGCCCAGUGGGAUUCUUCUGAGGAAGACAGAUGACAUGGGUAAAACCAGUAUUUAUGUGAAAGGUAUAUUUUCUAAAGUUCAAUUAUGAGGAAUGAAAUGCCAAAAAUAAAACCUGCGUUAAGGUAAGAUGGUCAUCUAUUUUAGAAGGAUGAACAAUGCUAAGGUUUGCCAACUACGACCAUUACACACCAAACCUCUUUAAAUCUUAGCAUUGCUUAUGAUGACAAGAUGCCUUGGUUCAUUUCGGGAGAGGAUUGAUAGUGCCACUAGUUUUAAACAGCCGGUAGUACAGAAAAUGUCAAUGACAACUUACUCAUGAAUGGGUAUCGUGAGUUCAAUGUAUAACUGUGUUACAAUGUCUGCAUGAAUUGUAUUUUUCUUUCUUCUUUUGAAUCUGUUUACAAUUGUUUUGUGAGAUUAUUACUGUACCUGACGCUGAAAAGGCAAUGCAGUCCAAUCUAGAUUUUACUUAGUUUCUUCAGCAGUCUCUCAGCUAGCUUCAAUUUGUAUAUUUAACUAAAUAGAUAACUUAGACCGACAGAAAGUAUUUUACCACAUUGAGUUUUGAUAAACACCUUCCUGAAUUGUGUUUUUUUAAAGUAUUAUUUUGGGGUAUUUCUCUCAUUCCAAAGAUGAACACUAGACUCCACACUGAGUUUCACGGCCGUAUACAUUUGCAAAGGCUGAGUAAAAGCUUUGCAACUGAUGUCACUACAGAUUUGAUCCUUUGGUAUGAUUUAACUAUUAUUAUUCUAUAUUCUACUUCCAUGUUAAUCCUAAUCCCAUGUUAAUCUCUCCUAGUAUACUUUAGUCUCCAAAGUGCCUUUAUGCACAAAACGGCAAGUAUUUCUGUUAAUCUGAGAGAUUUUUUUAGACAUUAUUUUUUAAACGAAACUGCAAAGUAUGUAAAAACAUGUGGUCAACAAAAGUGCUUUUAUGAUGUUACACUGAAUCAGUAUUUUAUUAACCUGGAGGCCUUUGAAGUACCUAGAGCUCAUUUCUGGUUUAAGAUGGGCAUAACCUAUGAACUUUAACCUACGACCUAUAACCUACGACCGAUGACCUUUUGAAAUAAGCCACUUUUAUUUUGAGUAAAUAUCUACUAUGGUCUAUAUCAUAUACACAAUAAUAGGUAUGAUUGAUUGACUCUGUUCUAUUUUGCAGCAUUCAGUCCUUUACACUCAUAAUAUUUUUUGUAUAUCAAAAUAAUGGGACACUGGUUGAUUUAAUUAAGUUACUGUGCACCGUUUGUGACUGCAGGCAAAUGCGGUGCUUUUAAACGGGAGAGAAAGACAAAAAAAUGUAUACAUAUAUAUAUAUUCUCAAUUUGGUUUGGUCACAUACAGUACGAAUAAUUGCCUUUAUUCUCAAACUGAAAUGGAAAAAAAACAACGUUUUGUCAUAUUAUUUUAUUUAUAUACUAUAAACUAUAGAUAAUGCAACAAUGCAUAUCUGUAAACAGUGUGUUAGCGUGUCAAACGUUUGAUGAACAGUUGAUGACUCCACAACUCCCCAGCCCACCUGAAAAAGCACAGCUCUUUAACAGUACUAUCUGAUCAGAAACACAAAACUUCCUGUUAGGAAUAGUUUCCCAUUGUUCAUUAAAGAAGCAUAUAGAGGCUGGUUCAGAUGAAGAAGAAUGACAAGGAGGGCAGACAGAAAGCAGUAAGCAUGUGUUGUGUUUUUCUUCAGUCUGGACCUGUCUUUAGCAGUCCUACUCUUGAGAUGCUUUACACUGGCCUUUAAUAUGGGUCCAUCCAUGCGUGUGCGAAUACAGAUGGCCCAAAGGUGUCCCUGUUUCACUGUGAAACAGGUUGGACAAGCAGAAAGAGAUGAUCUGCUUUUGGUCCCCACACCAAGUUGAAUGUUUAGCAGGAGUUCCUUAUUAAAACCAUAAUGACAGUCUCAGCAUGUCAUGAGCCAAUUUUAAGAGUAUGAAUAUACAUUUUCAAGAGUAUUUAUGUUACGAAAUAUUAAACAAUACACAGCCUUAUAUCGCCGGUCAAUGUGAUGUCAAUUAGAGAUGUAAUCAUUCUGAGAAUACAGUAUAUUGUUUAUUAAAUCUGUUGUUAUAAUGAACAAUGAAGUAGUUAUCUACAUACAUGUACAGUAGUUUAGAUGUGUCCCAAAUUGCACCCUUUUCUCUAAUCCUUUUAUAGUGUACUACUUUUGACCAGGGCCCAUAGGGAAAAAGUUAUGCACUAAAUAAGGAAUUGGGUAGCAUUUGGGAUGGAGACUGUGGUUUACAAAUAUGUGUAGUCUACCAUUGUGGCUUAUAAAUGGUCAACUGAAUUCUGCCGUGUCAUUGUGUAAGACAGUAUCUCGUAGAUGGAGUCGUCCGUGGUGCAAAGUGAAUAUUAGCAGUCAUUAGAAUUUUGCUCCGUGGUUGUUAUCAUUUUAGUAUUAUUUUGGUGAUAGUGAUUGUUCAAAUAUGAAGCAUAUUGUAUUGCUGCCUAUAAUCUCUUGUAGACUGAUGCAUGCAUCUCUUGAUGGUUUGAUCCUUUUCACCAAGCUGUGUUGAUUAUUCUGCAGAUGAAAUCUUACUGGGAGAUGAUGGAACCUUUUAUAGACAUGUUCUUAAACAGUUCACAGAAUUCUGAGGGAAUUCUAAGUGUGACAUUCGUUUUACUGCAUUCUGAUCAUGUAGUCAGCAAUUUCAAGGAAAAAGCAGCUCCAAGGAAGAAAAAUACAAUGGUGUUCAAUAGUGAAUCAUUAUUUUAAACUAUUUAACCAGAAAGGGGCAUAGGGUUAGAAAGCCAUCCACUAAACUGUGAAUAAUAUUUUUCUGUUUGACAACAGAGUUGCUGGUCAAUUGUCAUUAAGAAGGGGCAUUUUAAAACAUUUAUGAUCGGGCCUAGUCAGAACCACCCUGUUCAUUCAAUUUCAUUUGAAUGUUAAUACGUUUUAGAGUCCUUUGACAUGAGGGUAAUUGCCAUACUACAUUUCUAAAUAAAUAGCCAAUAACCUGUAUAGUUUUCAACCAUCACAAGAUGACAUUUAGAAAGCUGGCUCUGUUUUGGAUGGAAAAGAGACAACAGGGCUGUGUUCAACAGGGCACCAUGUUGUGGAACAUCAUGUAGAACAAAUAUGUUAAGUAAUGUAAGGACUCACGUCAGCUCUAUUCAUGACAUUUCUAUCUGCAACGUUCCACAUUUGCCUACCUAACAUAGCCCAGGACAAAGGUACUGUACAGUGAUGGCUGAAUGUAAUGUAACUGUUGUAUCUGUGGUCUGAAGGGUUGGGCUCAAUUACAUUUCAAUUCAGUCAAUGCCGGAAGUAAACAAAACAUUUUCUCAAUGCUUUUUAAUGAAAAACAAAUGUAAUUAAGAAUUUCAGUUUGAAUUGAAAUGUAAUUUGCCAUAAUUCUGGUGACCUGACCGCUGCCUGCUUCAGGCUGUUUUUAAACUCAUGUUUUCAUUUCAUCUUGUUUCACCGCUGCGCUGUAUAAAUGUCUUCUUGUUUUGAUGUAUAUAUUAAAACAGGGGUAGGAAACCCUGUUCUUGGUGUGCCGCAGGUACAGCAGGAUUUUGAUCCAUCUAGGCACCACGCUGGACCAACUGAGCUAAUUGAUCAGUUCAGUAAUUGCCUAAAUUCAACAUACCUGGUCUUCCAGGUUGGUUAAAUCAAAAACAUGAAGUUCCUGGGGCCCUCCAGGACCAGGGUUACCUACCCCUGUAAUAAAGAGGUUUUGUACAUUAUUAUUGUAUUAUUGACUUUAAGUCGCAAUAAAUGUUUUGGACUUGUUGACUCAU